UGACACACAUACAGACAAAGUGACAUGACCCCAAAAUCUAUAGGUGUCUUCCUCUUAAUGUAUUUCUGUACAAAAUUUAAAUACUGUACAAUGAAAACUGUUUGUCAUGAGUUAUUGUGUCACAAAGAAAGUGUUCAUAAUAACAAAGAUCAUGCCAUACAGACAAAAUGAAAUGACCCCAAAAUCUGUAGGCUUCUUCCUCUUAUUGUACAUUAUUUCUGUACAAAAUUUGAAAACUGUUUCGAGUUAUCGUGUCACAAAGAAAGUGUUGACGGACAGACGGACAAUGUGAUUACUAUAGGGCUUCCCGCAUUUCAUGCGGGGCCCAAAUAAGUAAUAAUUUAAAAAAAGAUCAAUGGGAUGUUACUGAAUAAUGCAUUGUUGGCGAACGUAAAAAAAAAAAGAAGGGGGGAGAUAUUUUCUUUGUACCACUGAUUUAGAUUGAUUGAUUGAAUAUUGUUUUACGUCCCUCUUGAGACUAUUUCACUGAUAUGGAGACUUCAACACUGCCGGUGAAGGGCUGCAAAAUUUAGGUCUAUGCUCAGCGCUUAGGGACAUUGAGCAGGGAGGGAUCUUUAUCGUGCCACACCUGCUGUGACACGGGACCUCGGUUUUUGCGGUCUCAUCCGAAGGACCGCCCCGUUUAGUCGCCUCUUACGACAAGCAAGGGGUACUGAGAACCUAUUCUAACCGAAAGCAAUAGACCUUCCUCCGAAAAGCUACAUCCGGUUUGGUUUUCGCUUUUAUGAUAUGUUUUAUCACGUGAUACCCGACAUAUGUUUACUCGAUACAAAAUGGACGUUAGUACAAUCCGUGCAUCAACAGUGUGUAAUUUACAAAAUUUCUUGAAAGAACGGGGGAUUAGCGCUCAGAAAUUGAACAAAGGACACCUUGUAAGGCUUUGUGAAGCGGUACUUCAUCUUGACUUACCAAAAAAUCCCGAAUAUAUAAAUAUUUCAUCAACUAAUGACGUUAUUCGCAAGCUCGAUGCACUGGGGUGCAAGGAUCCUCUCACCAUGGAUGGGUUUUCAAAUACUCUGUCUGAUAUUCCAAAUAUUACUCUUUAUGACGUUUUUAAUUAUCUAAUAACAUCGAGAUCUGACUACGACAGAAAAAAACUCAAAGCUUACAAAUCAUGCGAGGAUUAUAGACUAUAUUUCGAUGGUCAUGUGGAUGAUUUGGAGUACCACGGUCUCUCUAAAGAAGAACCCUUAUGUCUCUUCAGAGCAAAAGUCAAACCAACUCAACGAGAUAAAACUUACUUGAAUGAAAGUUACUAUAAAUUAUGGAUCUGCAUUGGAAAACAGCAUGGCAAUGUUAGAUCAGCAUACUGCACAUGUAUUGGAGGUGCUGAUGGUGCAUGCAGGCACAUAGCAGCUGUACUGUAUGCAAUAGAGGCGUAUGAUGAGAAGUCAUCCACUGACGGGGAGAAUAAAUGGAUCAAAAGACCAAGACAUCAUGAUUGUCCAGUUCCAAUUAAAAGAUUAAAAAUUAUGAAAGCAAAGUAUCACCAGAAUCCAGCUGCAGCAGAUGUCAAUAAUAACUACACAAACGACGAGUUUGAUCCUCGUGCUGUUGUUGAGGAAAUGAAUGAUGAAAAACUGGAUUCUUUUUAUGCAUCUUUACAAAAGAUUGACCCAAAUACACAGGCUUUGGAUUUGCUGGAAAGUAAAUUUGAUGAGUCGGAUGUACGAAAAACAAAUGAUGAUCAAUGUGUCAUGUGGUCCAUUUGUGAGAAAUCAGUGAAUUUUCUUGAUGAAAAAAAGCUAAACUAUCAGUCUGUUGAUGAAGUACCAGAUUCUUUAUGUGAUACCUUUCUAGAAAAUAUCCAUGCCAGUGAAGAAGACAUCCAGUAUGUUGAGUCGCACACAUAUGGACAAUCUGAUAAUUCCAACUGGCAUGUAGCACGUAAAGGAAUGAUUACUGCAUCAAAUUUUAAAAAGGUGUGUGAUUGUGUGGCUCAUAAAAGAAAUCCCAAUUACUUGAAGAAACUGUUAUUGGGUGCAUAUAGUGAUGCAAAAUCAGCUUCCCUUGCAUGGGGUGUAAAGAAAGAAAGAUGUGCAAUGAACUUGUAUAAGAGAGUGGCAGGAAAGAAGCAUAUUGGCAUGGAUAUUAAAUUUCCUGGAUUGCGCAUAUUCAAAGAUAAACCUUACCUAGGUUGCAGUGUUGAUGGACUGUUAACAUGCAAAUGCAAACAUCACGGUGAGACAAAAAUUAUUGAAAUAAAAUGUCCAUAUAGUGACAGGGAAAAGCUACCGAAGGAAGUGGCUCUUCUAAAAGGAUGCGUUAUGAAUUCUAAUGGAAAUUUACAAUUAACUCAGAGUUCAGACUACUAUCCCCAAAUACAGGGUCAAAUGGGUAUCUAUAACUGUCAAUUUGCUGACUUGGUCAUAUAUACCAAACAGGGAAUCCAUGUUGUUGAAGAUAUUGUGUAUGACGAAAAAUAUUUCAGUGAUAUGAUUGAAAAAUUAGAAAUGUACUUUAAGAAUAUUUUGCUUAAAACUAUGUUUGUCAAUUGCAACAAAACUACAUUUGUAGAAUAGUAAAAUUGUAUACUAUCUGGAUUUAUCUGUUUGUAAUACAAAAUAUUGUCAACCACAGUAAAACAUGGUAUAUAGCGAACCUCAAGGGUCAAUGAAAAACAGUUUCUUAUAACCAAACUUUGUUUUAUCCAAUACAAUUUUCAUUUUUUCCUCUCUCAGAGGAGAAUAAAUAUCACUUCACAAUAAGAAUUAAUUUGUUAUAUGCUUGUUUGUUAUAAGCAUGUUUUACCGAAUAUUGAAUUUUUUUUAGAAGCCUGUAAAAAUUGUUUUAAAGUGCUGUUUAAUCCAGAAUAGGGUCUAAUUCAAUAUUUUGAUUGGAAUGGAGUCAGUGGUAUCUGUACGAGAGUAUUCAGAUAUCCUGAGUGAAAAAAUUAAGCAAGACUGGUUAUGACAUUUCACAUUUAUUGUAAUUUUAGUUGUAUGUACAAAUUUGAUUUAUUUCAUCCGAAAUAGAUUGGAUUGUCAAUAAAUCUCUAGAAAUUGUAAUAUCUUA